UUUAUAUAUAUAGAAGGGUGAGUGCUCUUCCCGGAUUAGCUAUGUAGUUGAUAUUCAUUCAUUCAUUCAUUCACAUCAUUUUUCUUCUCUGACCUUCUUUCUCAUAUUUAUUCUCUCUGUUUGGAUAUGCUUGUGGUUAAUUUGUUGAUAGCAGUUCAAAGUAAAUUAGGGGAGAGAGGUGUUCAUAUGCUUUGAGGGUUUGAGCUUCAAAACAUCACCUGAAUUCUCUCCCUUUCUUCCUCCUUCGUUUUGCAAUAUUUUCUGCUCAAUUCCGACUUUCUUCAAUCAACCAUAUUGAAUGUGUCGUGAUUCAUUGUAAAAGUUGAAGAUUUCAGGGUUUACCGGCGCACCCAGAUAGCAAAAACUCUAUCAGGUUUAAGGGCCGGCGAUUUUCGUUCAUGUAAUCAAUCUAUAACGCGGAUUAAUUUUGUUCUUUGUUGUUUUUGACGAACUUGGGGUUUUUUUUUGGUUCACAUUAAGAGUUUUCAAUCAAUUGUGGGGGUAAUCAUAACUUGGUUCUUCGGAGGGCCAGGGUUUUGAAGUAAUAGCAUAGGGUUCGCGUUGGCUAGCGCGUUAAAGAAUUGGGGAUUUGGGUUUAAAGAGUAUGGUUUCGUGUUUGCCUGUGUUUCCAUUGUGUUGUCAGGUCAGGGGUAGCGGUAUCUGAGUUUCUGGGAUUGGGUAGAACAUGAAUCGUAGGGUGCGUAGGAAGGUGAGUAGAAAAGGGAAGGAGAAGCUGAUUUUGCCAAGCUACCUUGAAAUUGAAUGUGAGAUAGCUGAUUUGGAUUUGAAACAGACAGUGGAUUGGACUUGUUUGCCUGAUGAUACAGUCAUUCAGCUGUUCUCUUGUUUGAAUUAUCGUGACCGGGCGAAUUUGUCAUCGACGUGUAGAACAUGGAGAGUUCUUGGUUUAUCUUCGUGCUUGUGGACUUCGUUUGAUCUUCGAGCGCAUAAAAUUGAUGCUGCAAUGGCUUCUUCCCUUGCUUCUAGAUGCAAUAAUCUUCAGAAGCUUAGGUUUCGUGGAGCAGAGUCGGCCGAUGCGAUAAUUCUUCUUCUUGCGAAGAAUUUGCGUGAAAUAAGCGGUGAUUACUGUCGAAAAAUUACUGAUGCUACACUUUCUGCCAUUGCAGCUCGACAUGAGGCGCUUGAAAGCCUCCAGCUUGGGCCAGAUUUCUGUGAGAGGAUUAGUAGUGAUGCUAUAAAAACAAUAGCCAUUUGUUGUCCUAAGUUGAAAAAGCUUAGGCUUUCUGGAAUUAUAGAUGUCAAUGCUGAGGCUCUGAAUGCUUUAUCAAAGCAUUGCCCAAAUUUGCUCGAUAUUGGGUUCAUCGAUUGUUUGAAGAUAGAUGAGAUGGCCCUUGGAAAUGUAGCAUCGGUUCGUUUUCUUUCGGUUGCAGGUACCACAAAUAUGAAGUGGGGUGCGGUUUCACAUCAGUGGCACAAGCUGCCUAAUUUGAUUGGUUUAGAUGUCUCACGAACGGAUGUUGGUCCUGUUGCUGUAUCAAGAUUAAUGUCGUCAUCUAAGAGCUUAAAAAUCUUGUGUGCCUUCAAUUGUUCGGUUUUAGAAGAAGAUGCUGGCUUCACUGUCAGCAAAUAUAAAGGCAAAUUAUUGCUUGCCCUUUUCACCGAUGUUGUGAAGGAAAUAACUUCUUUAUUUGUCGAUACUACAAAGAAAGGUGAAAAUAUGUUGUUAGAUUGGAGAAAUUUGGAGAAUAAAAAUAAGAGUUUGGACGAGAUAAUGAUGUGGAUCGAGUGGAUAUUAUCUCAUAAUCUCCUGCGUAUCGCUGAGAGCAAUCAGCACGGUCUGGAUAAUUUUUGGCUUAAUCAAGGAGCAGCAUUAUUACUUAGUUUGAUGCAGAGUUCACAAGAAGAUGUUCAAGAAAGGGCAGCAACAGGCCUUGCAACUUUUGUUGUCAUCGAUGACGAAAAUGCUAGUAUCGACUCUGGAAGGGCAGAAGAAGUUAUGCGGUGUGGUGGAAUACGUCUCCUCCUAAAUUUGGCUAAGUCUUGGAGGGAAGGGCUCCAAUCCGAGGCAGCAAAGGCCAUAGCAAACUUGUCCGUGAACUCUAAUGUUGCAAAGGCUGUAGCCGAAGAAGGUGGAAUCGAUAUUCUUGCUGGUCUUGCAAGAUCCAUGAACAGGCUCGUUGCAGAAGAGGCUGCUGGAGGAUUGUGGAAUCUUUCGGUUGGCGAGGAACACAAGGGUGCGAUUGCUGAGGCUGGCGGAGUAAGAGCUUUAGUUGAUUUGAUAUUUAAAUGGUCUUCUGGUGGUGAUGGAGUUCUUGAACGUGCUGCGGGCGCACUAGCAAAUUUGGCAGCUGACGAUAGGUGUAGUACUGAAGUUGCUUUAGCCGGUGGCGUGCAUGCUUUGGUGAUGCUUGCUCGCAAUUGCAAGUUCGAAGGAGUGCAAGAACAGGCAGCUCGCGCAUUGGCAAAUUUGGCUGCCCACGGUGAUAGCAACACAAACAACUCUGCUGUUGGACAAGAGGCAGGUGCACUUGAAGCACUUGUCCAACUCACACAUUCUCCUCAUGAAGGUGUCAGGCAAGAAGCUGCUGGAGCCCUAUGGAACUUAUCAUUUGAUGACAGAAAUAGAGAAGCGAUUGCAGCUGCA